AUGGCCCAAAGAAAGGCAGCAGAUCAAGGGGAAAUGAGGCAGGGAAGAGAAAGAUCAGCCAUACUGUCUGAUAUGCCUGUGCCCAUCACUUUCAAGAUGAAGUCAAAAAGGAAUAAGAGACGAAAAAUUGAGGAGGAGGAAGGCGAAAAGAAACAAAUAGAAGGACUAGAAGAAGAAAAGCAAGAACAGAAGGGAGACGAAGACCAAAACCAAGCCAAAGAAGACGGAAGAGAGGACAAAGACGGAUAAGGAGAAGAAGAGACAUAG